AUGUCGCAUACUAUGGACGAAGACAUAGUGAUCAGUGGAAUGGGUGGUCGGUAUCCGGAGUCCGACUCCACCGACGAGUUCGCACAGAAUCUGUACAAUAAGGUCGAUAUGAUCACCGCUGAUAACCGCCGAUGGCCUACAGAUCUGUUUGGAAUGAAUCCACGAAUGGGUAAAUUGAAACAAAUCGAGAAGUUUGACGGACUCUUCUUCGGUGUGACCACAACUAUGGCUGAUGUGAUUGACCCGCACUCUAGGAUGUUGUUGGAGACCACUUACGAGGCCAUCAUUGACGCCGGCUUAAAUCCUCAGACAUUUCGGGGUUCAGAGACCGGUGUUUACAUCGGAUUCUCGUCGUUCGGAAUGCCUGACGGACUGCCCGAAGACGUUCAGCCGGACUCUCAGGCCAUUAUGGCUGAGACACUGCUAUGGCUUCCGGGCUCUCAGAAGUGUCUGUACGCCAAUCGGGUGUCGUUUACGUUUGACUUCAAGGGUCCGUCGAUGAUCAUCGACACCGCCUGCUCUUCCAGUUUGGUUGCGUUCAAUACAGCGAUGAAUGACUUGAGAUUAGGCAAGUGUAAACAAGCGAUCGUCGGCGGAACUCAAGUAUGUCUUCAGCCGUUUUCCAAUCAGAUCUUCCAAUCGACUCGUCUGAACGCAUUCGACGGCAUUCCCAAAGUGUGGGACGAGAAGGCGGACGGCUUUGUGAGGGGAGAGACUAUCUGUUGCUUUCUAUUGCAACGCAAAUCGGAGGCCAAACGUAUUUACGCCACUGUUUUGAACUCUGGAGUGAAUAUCGAUGGAAACAAAAGAAUGGGAAUGUUUUACCCCUCGGCUGAGAGACAGGAAGAGUUGAUGAUUAAAGUGUACGAAGAGGCGAAAGUGGAUCCGUUGAAAGUGACUUACUUUGAAGCCCACGCGACCGGAACUAAGGUCGGCGAUCCUCAAGAGGCCAGAGCUAUAUAUAACGCUUACUGCGGAAAACCCAAACGAAACGGUACUCUACCGGUGGGUCUGUUGAAGAGCAACAUCGGUCACGCGGAGGCCGCGUCCGGCGUCUCGUCGGUCACCAAAGUAUUGCUGGCCUUUGAGAACGAAUGUCUUCCACCGAAUCUGCAUUUGGAUGUCAUUAAAGCUAAUAUCAAAGAGUUGUGUCCGCCUCUCGUGCCCAUCACAGAAAACACCAAAUAUAUUCCCGGUAUCGCUGGUGUGAACAACUUCGGUGUCGGGGGAGUGAACGCACACGCGUUGCUCGAACCCAACUAUAAGGUGUCCGAUGCGGACAGUCUUAAGAUCGCGGACACAAUCCCGAGAAUUGUGAACAUCUGUUGCCGAAGCGAAGGCGCGUUGAAUGAGUUCUUCAAAUUCAUUGAGAAUAAUCCGCAGAAAAUAACCCGAGAUUUCCUCUCACUAUUGGCGGAGACAAUGCGAGUCAAUCCGUCGCUCAACUCAAGUGGAAUGCCUUAUAGAGGCUCAAUGAUUAUAAAACAAGGAACUGACGGACAAUACGAGUAUAAGAAGCAAACGGGAAUGUUUACACUUAAGACUCAAAGACCCCUAUAUUUCCUGUUCCCCGGUUUGGGCGGACAAUGGGUUGGAAUGGCUAAGGCUUUGAUGCCAAUCAAGAUAUUCGCCGAUAAGAUCGAUGAAUGCCAUGAAAUAUUGAAACCCUAUAACAUAGACUUAAAACACCUCUUAUUAUCUGAUGACAAGAAUUCAAUGUCUAAUAUGACGAACAAAUUCUGUGCCACAACUGCUAUAGAGAUAGCAUUGUGUGAUGUUAUCCUCGCUCUCGGUAUUACUCCCGACGGUAUUAUUGGCCACUCUUUUGGUGAAAUAGCGGCCGCUUAUGCCGACGGAUGUCUUGACACACGAGAAGCGAUGUUAGUUACCUAUUAUAGAGGACUUGUGACCGAAAGUGACAAAAAGAUACCGAAAGGACUGAUGGCUGUCGCGGGUCUGUCUUGGAAUGAGGCCAAGAAGUUGUGUCCGAAAGGAGUGAGUCCUGUCUGUAAUAACGGAAAGGACACAGUCGUCGUCUCAGGUUUAUACAAUGAAGUGAAACAAAUGAUUGAAGACUUGACUCAAAAGGGAAUAUUUGUUCGCGAACUCCAAAGCAAUGAUAUCCCAUAUCAUAGCGAAUAUCUCAUUACAUCCGCGAAGAAACUCACAGAAGAACUCAAGAAAGUGGUUCUCAAUCCUAAACCCCGGUCUAAGAAAUGGAUCUCAACAGCGAUUAUUGAAUCCGAUCCGGAAGAUGAACUCAAGACCGCAUCGGCCGAGUAUUUCGUCCAUAAUCUCGUAUCUCCCGUCCAUUUUUAUAACAAAUUCAAACACUUGCCAUCGGAUGCCCUCAUCCUUGAGAUCGGACCGCACGGGCUGUUCGGCAAAGUAGUGAAGGAAACACUAGAAUCGGGAUCUUAUGUAUCGCUCAUUAAGAAAGACUCAAACGAUACAAAUCUUGAGAUGUUUUUACAAUCGAUCGCAAAGUUGUAUGAAUUAGGACUCAAUCCUCUAAUUGAGAACCUAUACCCUCGGGUCGAAUGGCCGGUCGCCAGAAGUACUCAAUCCAUUAGUUCCCUAUUGAAAUGGGAUCACGACGUUAAUUAUGGUGUCCGCAAAUACCCUGACUAUUACUUUAGACCAAAUUCUGCUGAUUUGAAUGAAGUCUAUAAUCCGACCCAAAAUAUUAAGGCCUUUAUGCCCGAGCAUUGCAUUGACGGCAAUGUCUUAUAUCCGGCCACCGGUUAUCUGAUGCUCGCCUGGAGACGAAUGGCUGCACAACACGGAAGGCUAUGGAACCAAUUGCCGGCCAUCUUCGAGGACGUCCAGUUCCGGAGACCCAUAUUCUUGUCCGAAACAGAUAUGACCAGAAUUAAAGUGAAAUACCACGAGACAACUGGUGAUUUCACAAUCUUAGAGGCCGGUAACGUUACGUGUGUGGGAAGAGUCCGCACCAGUGAUGAGUACGCUCUCAGCCUUCAACACCUCAUUGAAGACGCGAAUACAACACUCGCUAAAGACUUUGAAGUGAAUCUGACCACAAAUGAUCUCUACAAAGACCUCAAAGUCUUGGGCUAUGAUUACGGACCGAAGUUUAGACGCAUUCGUUCGGUAAAGACAAACAAUUUUGAGACAAUUCAGGGAGAGAUCAGUUGGGAUGGAAAUUGGAUCACUUUUAUGGACUCAUUGCUGCAGACAAUGGCCGCUGCGAUGCCUUUCAGGAAAAUGAUGGUUCCGGUGAUGAUUAAGAGUCUUCGCUGCGACCCAAAGGUUAUGUACGAAGGAAUCACCGCUAAUAAAGUGGCGGAAUCUAAAGAACACGAAGAAAAGGUAUCCGAAGAUAAGAUCGACGCCUAUUUGGAUACCGAAGGCAAGACGGAUGAGGCGGAAGUGGAGGGCAUUCUGUCCACCAAUUCUGUCGAAUAUAUUGAAGAGCUGUUCGGCAAAGAGUUUCACGUCUAUGACUCUAUACUGCCAUUCCAUGUGGACAUGAAUUCACGAAUGAUUGUCACACAUGGUAUUGAAAUCGAGGAUCUGAUGGCACUUCCCAUUCCUCGCAAGACUAAUGUCCAGGACUUGAAACUAGAAUCGUAUCAAUUCGUGGCCAAUGAAGAGACCAUCGCUAUCGACGAAUCGCUGAAGAAAUCAGUGAAAGAAUAUAUUAAGGUUUGUUCAUCUCUUGCCGAUAAAAUCAAACAAUUAAUUGAAACCAAAGACAGUAAAGUGAACGCAAAUAUUACCGACGAUUUGGUUAACAAAUACUUAAAUGAUAUGAAAGACAAUCAAAUUUUGCUCAAAAUCCUGAACGAAGUCUAUAAGGGAUGUAUUGAUGAGAACCAGAAUAUCGACACAAACAGACUUCUGGUCGACAUUCAGGCAAAACCCGAAUACGACUUAUCGCGAGAUCUUAUAAAUCAAGUCUCAAAGAACGAGCAUUUGAUUCGCUCUCUCGUCGAUAUCGUCAACGAAUCACAUGUGCCUAAAAAGGAGCUCAAAGUAUUGGAAAUCAAUUUAACAAAUGGAUUGAUGGCUAAAGAAGUGGACUCACAGUUGGCCUCAUCUCAUAUCUAUCCGAUUGACGUGAGCUAUACUAUUGCUGUCAAAUCAAAGGACACUCUCAGCGAUGACUAUAAAGAAUUCAAGACAAUUGAGUGGAAUCCGAGCGGUAGUACAUUCCCGCAAGAAGUGACCAUGGCCAAUCUCAUUAUCAUUAGGGAUUCACAUGACUUGUGGCAAUUGGACACCGAUAGCCAAAUGCAAGAUAUCUAUGAUGUGGUCACCGAUAAGGGAUAUCUGAUGGGAGUCUUUAGAUACCAAAUGACAGAACCAGAGCUCGCAUUGAAUCAAAUGAAUGGCAAGAAAGCCCUCCAGAACUCAGACUUAGAGAAA